AUCGGAAUGAUAUCGUAUCAGUCCACAUUCGGUUUCGGAAGAGACACUACAAUUAUUAAGUGAGAGAUUCGUGCAAAAAUGUAUUCAAAAUUCCCGUUGUCCAUGGAAAACAUUCCUCGACAGAAGGGUUUCGCCUGUUUGUCGUUAAAGUUCGGAUGCAUAUUUUCAGCGCUAAUUAUAAUUCUGUACUCAGUCCUCGCGCUAGCGCAAUGUACAGCAACUCUUGGAGGAUUGACGCCCACCCUCACAACGGAGGACUGGGAGGGCAUGGCCACGUACGGCAUGAUCAUCGCGGUCAUCAUCACCCACUGCGUCACUUUGUUCCUCACUGCAGUUAUGCUCGCUGGAACUUUGAGGGAGAAGCCGUACCUGAUGCGGCCCUGGUUGAUCUGGACAUCAGUUCAAGUGACCGCCUACAUCCUCAUGUUCGUCUUCUGGACCACCAUGAACAUGAUUAAUCAGAUGGCUGACGGUUCGCUGCUGUUUUACGUCAUAGACUUUUUGGGACUUUUGUUCCGGUUUUACAUGUUGAUGCUGGUGGCGAGCUACUAUAAGGAGUUGGAGGAAGACCACGAGUACGGCGAGCGGCUCAAGGCCGAGGAGAACGAUCAGUGGUACAACUCCGCCUGAUCACCACAAUUUGGAUAUUCAUGGCAAAGCUUAGGGUUUUGGGGGGAGUAUAUGUAUCUUGAAGCGCUCCUCGUUUCCUUAAGGUCUAUUGCUAUGAUUUUCCCUCGUGUCCUUGUGAAGCUAUGACUAUAAUCAAGGUCAGAAAAUGCAAGAAGUAACAUAAAUAAAUGUAUCCUAGACAUAUUUUGUUGUGCAAUAUGAAUGAAGAAAUUGGAUAGUUUUAUGGUGUUGUCUAUAGAGUUGAAAAUAUUAUAUGAAUGGAGCUAAAUUAUUUUGUGGGUUUAUGGUUGAAAAUGGCUUGGCAGUAAUGAAACAAUUCAUUACCAGCAUUAAUUAGCGAAGUGAAUAAAAAUAUGCUGCAGUAAUUGAAAAAAAAAAAAAAAUUGUACCAUUUAGCCACAUUAUUUAUCGCGUAUACCUAACUACUGUACUAUAUACUCAAUAUUACCAUAUUACCGACAAACAUUAUUAAUCAGUUUUGAACUGAUCAUUGUUUUGGUCCUUUAAACUUUACCUCAAAUAAAAGUAGAGAACACAAUUAUUAGUUUAAACCUAGAUAGAAAAUGUCAUAUGCCAAAGCCGUUCUUAUUAUGUAUAGUUAAAGGGUUCAAAUGCCCACUAGUCGUUAAUCGUUCAAAUGUUUUGUAAAUAUAUUUUAAUGUGUAAUAAUGUAAAAUAUUAAAUAAACUUUAUAUUGCUAAAUUAAACAA